AUGAGGCCUGAGAACCAGAGCGGUGGGUUCGAGUUCUUCCUCCUGGGGCUCCCCAUCCGGCCAGGGCAGCAGGGCUUGUUCUUCACCCUGUUCCUGGGCAUGUACCUGACCACGGUGCUGGGCAACCUGCUCAUCAUCCUGCUCAUCAGGCUGGACUCUCGCCUGCACACGCCCAUGUACUUCUUCCUCAGCCACUUGGCCUUCUCUGACAUCUGUCUUUCCUCUGUCACUGUCCCAAAGAUGCUCGUGAACAUUCAAACUUGGCGACAAUCUAUCUCCUAUAUGGGAUGCAUUUCUCAGUUGUAUUUUUUCUCAUUAUUUGCUGGUCUUGACAAUUACCUUCUGGCAGUGAUGGCAUAUGAUAGGUACGUUGCCGUAUGUCACCCUCUGCACUACACCACCAUCAUGCGGGAGGGGCUGUGCACACUGCUGGUGGCUGUCUCCUGGAUUCUCUCCUGUAUCCAUGAUUUGUUGCACACCCUCCUCUUGGUCCGACUGUCCUUCUGUGCUGACAAUGCCAUCCCACACUUCUUCUGUGACCUCCCUGCACUCCUGAAGCUGAGCUGCUCAGACAUCUCCCUCAAUGAGCUGGUCAUAUUUACCGAGGGAGGAGUGGUUUUCUUGCUGCCACUUGGCACUGUUUUCGGCUCCUAUAUCCGUAUAGGGACCAUCAUCCUGAGGGUCCCCUCCACUAAGAGACUCUUAAGAGCUUUUUCUACCUGUGGCUCCCACCUCUUUGUGGUGUCUUUAUAUUAUGGAACAAUUGCAGCUGUUUAUUUUUUCUCCUCGUCACGGGAUUCCAAACACAUAAUUGCGUCGGUCUUGUAUGCGAUAGUUACCCCCAUGCUGAACCCCUUCAUCUACAGCCUGAGGAACAGAGAUAUAAAACAGGCCUUAGCAAUGUGUGCAAACAGGAUUAACUUCUUUAGGUGGCAAACACAAAAUCCUCCUGUUGCGGUCAGGAGCACAGUGAGAAAUGUCUCCUAA